CCUAAUCGUAGAGGAAUUCUGGGAUGUGUUUUUAAAAUGGAGAUCAUGGGGUUUCCUGUGGAGCAUCGUUAGCAGAAGUGAUCAUCUAAAUAUGCCGCUGCAUCUAAGCAAGACCAGUAUAAAGCAAUAAAUUCUUCAUGGAAACCUGUCCUCAUCUAUCAAAAUGUCGACCAAAAUGGAGCAAUUGUUCCAUAAUAAACCCCCAGAAAUGGAUGUGCUACAUCUGUGGUACAACAGAAAGUGUUUGGGCCUGUUUAAAUUGUCCAAAUGUGGCCUGUGGGAGAUUUAACCAAGAACAUGCCUUAAAGCACUUCAACGACAGCAAGCAUCCUCUGUGUAUAGAAGUGAACUCCAAGUAUGUCUACUGCUAUCUAUGUGAUGAUUAUGUCAUCAAUGAUAAUGCUGCUGGGGACCUAAAGACGAUCCGCAGCACUCUAAGUGCCAUAGCUACUCAGACCUUCAGUGAUGUGGAGACGAAGGGUAUAAAAUUACUGAGGUCCUAUUCACACACAGCCAUAACAUCCACAUAUACUACCAAAGAAGAUGACAAGAUAGCUACAGCAGACUGGCACAGAAGACAAAAGGUCCUCGGGAAGACAUUUGCAGCAUGGCGGGCCUUCACUUUGGAUGAAAAGAAUAGAAAGACUCCCAAAAAGAAUCGGGACCAAGCACUAGUGCCAUCGCCAUCCAGUCCCUUUAUGCGCAAACGUACAUUAAUUCCAGGAAUUACUGGUCUACGUAACCUUGGUAACACUUGUUACAUGAAUUCAAUCUUACAGAUUCUCAGCAAUUUAGAACAGUUUCGAGAAUACUUCAUGCAUUUGGAGACGCUGUCGUCUAAGAGUGAUGUGCUAUCCACACCGACAACUCCUGUUCCGUCUCCCUCCCCCCGGGCAUCUGCCAGAAUACUGGCUCGCCAAGCAUCACUCGUGAAAACUCCUCACCUCAGUCGACAGUCAACUGCAGAAUGCUUUCAGCAUUUGAUGACACCCACACGUUCUAAAAACAGCAGCACAAAGAAAGAGGGACUUAGUGGAGGGUCGACAUCACAAACACCUGUCCGACGUCAGCUUAUCUGUACAGUUGAGUCCAAGAACUCGGCUGCUGACAAAAUCUUCCUGCACCAGGAGUUGAAUGGUCUGUUCCGUGUGUUGUGGUCAGGACGAUGGGCCCAGGUCAGUCCUCAUGCCCUACUUCAGGCUGUGUGGCUAGCCAUUCCCACAUUUAAAGGAUAUGCCCAGCAAGAUGCUCAAGAGUUUCUAUGUGAGCUACUUGACAAGGUGCAACAAGAACUUGCUGUCGUCAAUGGUGCCAAAGAUAUUGUUAAUGAUACAUUCCAAGGUGAACUUGUCAGUCAGGUUACUUGUUUGAAAUGCAAGAACAUUUCAGAAACCCACGAACCCUACAUGGACUUGUCGCUGGAGUUUCCUGAACGUUAUCAAAUCACGAAGAAAAAUUAUAAAAUAGCACAAGACAUGUGUCACGUAACAGAAAUGUUAGCAAAGUUUACCGGUAUAGAGGAAUUAGAGGGAAAGAUUUACUCUUGUGAAAAGUGCAAUAAGGACAGACGGGGUAAAAGUCCGGCGAAAGUGGUGUACACGGAGGCCCAGAAACAAAUCCUGGUGAGAAAACUACCUGAUGUCCUUCGACUCCAUCUGAAGAGGUUCAGGUGGUCAGGGCGAUUCCAUCGAGAGAAGAUUCUCACACAUGCUGCCUUUGAUGAGACUUUAGACAUGAAGCCAUUCUGUGAGCCUGGUAAGGGAAGGAACGAGGACUACCAGUACCAACUACAAGGGGUGGUUAUACACCAUGGCAAGGGCUUCGGCUGUGGACACUAUACAUCCUGUUGUUGGAGUGUAGAGGGAGAUUCUUGGGUAGAUUGCAAUGAUGCAAGGAUGAGGCUGUGCCAGUUGGAAGACGUGCUGCUAAGUCAGGCCUAUAUACUCGUCUACACAAAGGUCAAGCAGACAAACAAUAAUGCAUGUUCACAAGAAUCCCUGUACACAGAUUCUCAAUAUACAGACUCGCAAAGCACAGUGACCUCAGAAGGCACAGACAUAUACAGUAUCAGUGGGGAGGAGUUUACCCCGUCUCUACGCCGUCUCAACUCCUCACAAAUAAUAGACGGGGAAAUCACUUUCAACUUCCUCACCUCUGUGGUCGACUCCUCCGUGGUCCCACUGUCAGUGGGCACAAAACGACCAAGUCAGGACGGUGAACAAAACAUCAGUGAACGUGUGAUUAAACGACGCAGAUCCCUGUUGUGGUGAAAAAACUUAUCAUUCAUUGUCGGAUGGAGAAAGUUCAGUUAUACUGUACGUGGUAGAUCCUCUUAAGUUAUUUCAUAUUUCAGCAGGUCGAGGAAAGUUUUUAUGAUUUUACUGAUGAAUACCAUAUUAACAUGAAAGUUUAGAUGUGUAUGUUUAAUAUUUCAUUCUUUCUAAAUAGCAUAACUUCUUUUAGUCAAAUUGAAAGGAUUUUUUUUCUCAAGAAAAAGUAAAGUUUUGAUUCAUAAGCUACUGUGCUAGAUGCUAAUGAAUCUCUUUUACUGACAUAUACCUCGUUUCUAGAAGCUAAAAGCGACAAUCACAAUGGCUUAGUGAGUUUGAGUGAUAAUAAAUAUAUUUAUUCAAUUUUAUUUUCACAGGUUUUCUAUCACACUCUUGGGUGUGGUAUUCUUCCAGCAAGUCAAUUCUGUUCAUUUUCAGACUCGACAGACUAUAUAUAUACCGUAUUUGACCUAAUAAGGGCGCAGGGCGCGGGUAAUUGUAAGGGGGGGCACCCUUAUUAAGAUUAGUUAUUCUAAAGUUUUAUGA